CCCACACCUCAGCGUCGCUGAAGCUGAUUGCUAUGAGUGCUGCUGCAGCCGACAACGGAGCUGCCGAUGGGCUGAAUGGCGUAUACGAGGCUCUGGAGAGGUACCACUGGGACGACGAUGUCGAAUUCCAAGCUGGUCUCAGUGCCAUCCUCGGCAGCAAUAGCUCGCCUGAGCAAGCGGCCGAGCUAGCUCUGCGAGCGCGUUGCUUCUACUAUGCUCGGAAGUUCAAUACUACAGUCGAUUUUGGAGCGUACAAAGCGUACCGUGAGGCCCAUGGUCGACCCCCACCACAGACAAAUGGCGUACAACCACUUGACUUCAGCGAAGCUACCUAUGAGAUCUCGAAAGGCACAGCUCCAGCGCCUUCGAACAAUGCCGCGGCGAAAGAUGCGCCUAGUGGCGUACUGCCAGGGCCCUCUAGUUCAGGUGAACCGCCAGCACCGUACCCCACCUCCUUCGCGCAUAUCGUAGAACUCAUCACGACUGGGCAGCCGAUUCCUGGGAUCAAGGAUAUCCCGAACACUAUAUUGGAGGGGCAGGGUACACCGGCUGAGAAGCCGAGGAGGAAGAAGCCAUGGGAGAAAUUAUUUUAGCAUAUUAUAGCAUAUUAUCUCCUAUCUGUGUCU